AGAGAUGCAAAAGCAAAGCACUCAGGCUCACAUCUGCGGGCUUUAUGGAUAUCGAUGCUCCCACAGACAGCGUGAUCGCUUGAGUCAAUCUCACCGUCAAUCCAAGCCUGGCCUCAUCAAGUACCCUGCUUUAAUUGGUUUGAAAGUCACAUCAUUACUCCUAGCACCUUGGGCUUAGCUAGGCUUCAAGCAUGCAGAACAUUCAGGUUGGACAACAUUACAAGCGGACUGGAAGAACUAUAUCACCAUGCUCAACCCCCUCAGUGGCAGAUAUCUUGGCCCUCAGACCCGACCAGGAGAUCUUUACAGUUCUGAGCAAGGUCAUCUGGGGCAACACGGUCCUCCUACACGACUUGUCGUAUGUCUCCAAGGCCGGCUUCAACGUGGGACCUGCCGAGGUCGAGGCGAUGCGACUCGUGUCUCAACAUACCUCCGUCCCGGUUCCCCACGUGAUCCACACCGCAUGCAGUGCCGGCUACGGCAAUAUCGAGAUGACGAUCGUACCCGGAACCUCGCUCGACGGAAGAUGGGACACGCUGGACGCACGGGGCAAGGAGUCCGUCUGCCGGCAAACGUGGCAGCUGAUCGCGGAGAUCCAGGCGAUUCCGCGGCCACCGGAGCUUGAAGACAUUGUCCGGUGCGGCGUCGACGGCUCCGUUCCCCGCGACACCUUCUUCGAAGAUCUACAGGACCCUCCUCGCGCCCUGCGGAGUGAUGCCGAGCUGCGGGCCCGCAUCUGUGAGCGCUACCGGCACUUCGGCGGCUAUCAGUACGCAACAGCCGAUGAUCUGUUAGGGAUGCUGCCCCGAUCCGAGCGCACCGUCUUCACCCACGCGGACAUCGCGCCCCGCAACAUCAUGGUCGAUGCGAACAACCGGAUCACGGGGAUUCUGGACUGGGAGCACGCGGGCUGGUAUCCGGAUUAUUGGGAGUACGCGCAGAUCCUCCGGUCGGCUGCUUGGGGGGACUGGUCCGAAUGGAUGGACCGCACGGCCCCGCGGCGAUGGGAUCUCCGGGGGAUAGAGGCUGCCAGGCUGGUACUGGCCUUGGCCUCCUCCGAUGAGGAGCCGGAGCCAGAGUGGUAG